AUGACGUAUGUUAAUCAAUUGACUCCAUUGAUCCCCGUUAACUAUGAACUUGGACGAUAUUUGCUUCUACUUCGAUCUGGCGAUCAGUACUCCUUCAGCAGCACUUUGCCCAUAUUAAACAAUGCCGACAAUUCACACUAUUCCGUAUCACAAUUAGAUUACCAAUGGAUUCCUCUCCCAGAGAAUGAUUACGAGCUUCAACUGGACGUUUUUGUGCCAAUGUCUAAUGUGUCCUUUGAUAGCCUCAUAUAUUUCAUCUUCUUAAAAUAUCGCCUUGACUAUCACAGCGACGUUGAGGCUGAAGUGGUCUUAUACGAUUCGCUUCAACUGUCAAGUUCGACUACGUCGUUAACUGUGCUUGGAACACUAGCCUCAGAUCAGAAGCAACCUUUCAGAUGGAGGGAAUACUACGAACUGUUAAACUACACACGCCGUGAUGCGGAACACUACAAACCAGGUGAAAUUAUGCGCAGAAUCACAAUACAGCCAUUCAACGUUCGGUUAGACAGUGACUCUCAAUUUCACCUGAAAAUGAGAGCUAUUGUUAGCGAAGACGAAUUCACAUACAGAUGCGACAUGUGGGAACUCCUCAAAUGGGCAGCUGUACAGUACGCCACUGUUUUCACUGUGGUAAACUUUUUAAUCGAUAGCCUUUUGAGUUUUCUAUUCCGAAAUCGAUUAGUGGAUGCUGUUCCUUGUUGUAAGCAGAAUUAA